AUGCUCAGCCUGGCACUACUGACAGCGUCGGCGCUCUGCUCCACCGCUUCAGCAAAGUCUUGGGGCCCUCAGAUUGGCGUCUAUUGGCCAUCCUACAGCGCAGCCAGCGAUCCUGUCAACACCCUCGACUUCACAAAGCUGACCCAUGCCGACUGGUUCGUGGCUGUACCUCAACGGCAUAGCUAUGACCUCUCCUUUCCAGCUCCUGCCAAUCCGUCGACUAUGAAGACAAUGACGACGAAUGCAAAGAAGCAAAAGGCAUCUGUCAGCUUGACCAUUGGCGGCUGGACAGGCUCACAAUACUUUAGCUCACUCGUUAGCAAUUCCACAGGCAGAGCCGCGUUCUCCAAGAGUAUAUACAAGACAAUCAAAAAAUACAAGCUGAACGGCAUCGAGAUUGAUUGGGAAUAUCCGAACGGCGCCGGCAUUGGCUGUAACGUUGUCUCUGCGAAAGACACGCAGAACUUCAUCCUGUUCGUCAAACAGCUGCGCAAGACUGUCGGUCCAAGCUAUCGGCUCAGUGCAGCAGUCAACCUCUUCGGUCUAUAUGACACUGACGGGACGACCUAUACCAAAGAUCUCAGCGUCCUUGCAGCCAAUCUCGACUUCAUCAGUCUGAUGAACUAUGAUGUCUACGGUCCAUGGACUGCGACAAGUGGACCAAACGGUCCUCUGGCUUCUACCUGCGCAACUGACGAAGGCGCUGGUGCAUCUGCUAUCGAUGGCGUAGCGCGGUGGGUAUCCUAUGGCUUCAAGAAAUCCCAAAUCGUUCUCGGUGCGCCUGCGUAUGGGUAUGUCUACGCGACUGCCAAAGGCGGCCUUGUGUCCACACGUACCGUCAGCGGCAGCUCCUCGAAGCUCUAUCAGAAGGUUAUCGCUGCCGCACCACAAGGCAGCGCAUCGGACGACAAGCCAGGCAAAGACAUUUGUGGCAACCAACAGGGCUAUGGCGCAGUCUGGAAUUACGACGCGCUCAUCACAACCGGCAAGCUGAGCAAAGAUGGCACGACCGGGCUGGGUGACUACGAGCGUUAUUGGGACUCUUGCUCUUCGACGCCCUUCCUAUACAACACCAAGACCGGCUAUCUAUACACUUACGACGAUGCUCAAUCGAUCAAGAUCAAGGCCGCCUGGGCGAAGAAGCAGGGACUGGCUGGCAUGAUCUUCUUCGAUGCGUCCGGUGACUACAAGUCACAGCUGGUCAAUGCAGCUCGUGCAGGAUUCCUCGGGUCGUCGGCUUCGCAGGCCAAAAGCCGGAAACUACGCGCGCAGGCUCACAAGAAAGCUAGCAAGAAGCUGAGUAUCUGA